GCUGCGCCCCACUGCAUCGUCCCAUCGGCAGUUUCGCCGAUCAGCUCGAGCUGGUCGUCUCACCCGUCCAUCACUACUCGAAGCCCCCUUUCAUCCUAUCCAAAAUCUCGUCAACGACUUUCAUUGCGGCCUAAACGCCCGUUACGCGGCUAUCCUCUCGGGCUCGCCUCGAUCCAAGGAUCUUCUCCGUCACCGGACCGGCAUCCGCUGCCGUCUUGUUGACGAGGAGCUCUCCUUGAGAACCUCACCCGCAUCUCAACAUGGCGUACCACGGGCAGCAGGCUUAUCAGAGCCAUCAACAAGGUCAACAACAAGCCCACAUGUCUGCGAUGGACCCCGCGGCGGCGGCGGCGGCAGCAGCAGCAGCAGGUGGCUAUACCCCAGGUCAAGUCCAGUCGCAUCCAAUGACGGCAAUGGUUUCGAAUGUUCCUAUGCCUGGAGCGAUGUAUGCCCCUCAUCCGGGACAAGCAAUGUAUCCCGGCAUCGUCGCUGCCGAUGGCUACUCGCAAACAGCAAUGGACCCCAGCACCGGAGCUUACUGGCAAUUGCCUCCAGCUCCCCGACUUCCUGUGGCGGCUGCUCGAGGUUGGGGUGGCGUCGGUGGCUACCACUACCCGCAGAGUGGCCUAGCUGGGUAUCAAGGGUAUGCGCACGGAGGUACCUGGGCUACUCCACAGCAGCAUCAGCAGCAGCUCGCCAUCGCCGCGCAACACGCUGAAGCAGAGCAGGCUCUUCUGCAGCAGCAGCAGCAGCAGCAGAUGGCUCAGUACGGCCAUGCCCAGCAGGGACCUCUUGCGCCCAUCACGUCGCAGCCGAUACAGACCUCCCAGAGCCAGAUCGCCAUGUCGAUGGCAGCGCCCGGCUACUAUCCGACCUCAAUGGCCCCUGCCCCCUCAUCUGACGCGGUGUACCCUGGAGAUGUCUCUUACGGUGGGGCUCAUCAAAUGACAUCCGCGCCCUUUGCCCAUGAAAGUCGGAACAUCCAGCAGGUACACCCACGCCAUCAGGACCAUCACCAAGGACUCGGACCAGCAGCACAAAUCCGAUCGCGAUCUACGCAUGACUACGGCCGCAAUUCGGCAGAUGGCACGCGCUCCCAGAGGCUGCCGUCACUCCACGAGCUCGACUGGCGCUCUCACCAUCAGCAACAGCCCAGACAAGGAAGGCUGUCCAAUGGCCACCAAUCGGCCGGUUGGCCUUCGCAGUACGUACAAGGCAAUGCUCGACAGCGUGGCACCCGCUCGUACGACUGUACGUGGCAGCAGGAGCAGCAACAAAACUUCCAGCAGCACCAGCAGCAUCAGCGCACCAUGCACGAGCAGGAGAGGGUCGACAGAUCCAGCGAAUGGAGAAGUCAAUCAAUGUCUGCCGCCCAGUCUCGCAAAGGGGCUGCAGACAUUCAGGCAACCCAAAAGAUUGACGAGGCCACCGCUCAGCCCAUAGCCGCUGCGGCUGAAGACGAUACCAACAAGGGUCCAGCUCCUCCCUCUCCCGCCACCCUCGACAAGUCUGGUGUUCCCAUCUCGGCCUUUGGCGCUGAGCUCAUUUGGUACGCCUGCGCUACGCUCCUUGAGCCUGAGCUGGUUCAGGAAGCCUACAUGGAGCAGUCUCUCUCUGCGCAUGCCACGUCGCCGAGCAGCGGCUCAGCUACUUCGAGCCCUUCUCUCAGCACGCCCACGACAUCGCCUCACUCUCCUCACCUACUGGCCAAGGAUUCUGACAUGCCCUCGUUCGCAGCUUUUGGCAAUGGUCAUUUCGAUGAAAACCUUUUUGCCCUGAAGAAAGGCGAUCACCAGCAGAAGAGGACGAGGGUAGGGACAGGACGUUCAAGCAGCUCCUCAUCGCGCGAGAGCUCUGGACCAGGGACGCCAUCACCUGACGGCGAGGCCGCGCGUCAUGCCUCGGCAGCUGCACAUCUCCUUGCUCUACAAGAUCAGCGGCCCUCUCUCCGUGAUGGGAGUCCGAUGUGCAUCUCCUCCCCGACAUCGACCGCAACCGGUCCGGGCAAGCCCGGUCCCCUCCUCUUCCGCACCAAGUCUCAAGAGCGCUCAAAGACUGCGGUACUCUCCGUCUUGGCCCUCGUCUCGCCUUACUGGAAGUGGACUCGUGCCGCCGAAGCUCUCCCCUCGCUCGUUCAGACUGCGGCUGCUACUGCCAAGAACGCCCGCAAGACCAAGCAAGGCGAGCACAAUUCCCCGACUUCCCCACGAGAACAUGCAGCGAGCUCAGCAUCAGCCUCAUUCGCUGCUGGAGGCGAAGUCAGCCCGGCGUUUCGUCGCUUUGCCCAUCAAGUGCUCGCUCAGACAUUACUUUCGCCCACUGCGUUCCUCCUGGGCCUGCUCUUCGCUUUGAGGGUUCCUUAUCUCGCCGUCGACACCAGCGGCAAUGUAGACCACGAGGCCGUCGAGCUGUUGGCAUCGCCUCCCUCUGCCGCCCCCUUCAAGCUCCUCACGCUGGGCCUCAUGAUGGCGAACAAGCACCUGGACGACAACACCUUCCUCAACAAAACAUGGAGCGAGGUGACGGGCAUUCCGCUCAUCGAGCUCAACAAGCUCGAGCAAUAUUACCUCAUUCGCUGCAACUACGAGAUUGCCAUCCCUCACUCCGUCUGGUGUUCCUUCCUCAAGCGCGUUAAGCGUCGUGAGGAGGAUAAGACUGCAGGCGUCCCCGAGGCAGGACGUGGCGCCCAGUAUCAUCGCGAAAGCAGCCCACGAGCGACGUCCAGCAUUUCGCAACGCGAGACGUCGCAGCGAGUCCUCCUCGCCCUCGAUGACAUGCUGUCCGCACUUGGAUCACGAGUCAUCGAGCACCUCGAUCUCGAAGGUGAAGAGAGGCGAGUCGAGCACAAGAAGCGACCGACGGCCGGUCUGAUGGUGCAGCAUCAGCACCACCAGUCGGCACCUGCGAGUGCCUCUCUCUUCAAGGAUGGCUUGGAGCGUCGUGAGCAGAGGCCGUCGCUUGACACUCGCUCGUGGUCAGACGACGUCGCCUGUGGUACGGCGGCGGCAGCGGCGGCUGCCGCGACAGCUUCAUCAUCACUCAACACCGACCACAACGCGCCAUUGGCUCCUUCUGCCCUUCUGGAGCUACUCAACAGCGGGCGAAGCCUUGCGAGUGCGCACUGAGUGUCGCAGCAUCACGCAUGCUCCUCUACCUUUUCCUCUUCACCACGAUAGAUUACCUUACGCCCCUACCACCCUGAUACAGUUUCGCGCUUCUCACGAGUCUUCGAGACAACCUCAAAAGAGCAGCUUUACGCAUACGCUCAUCACAUUCACAUCGACUCACCUUCGCUCAUCGUCUCGUUGGUUCGUCCUAGUAUUUAAAAUGGUGACAAGCCUUCACCGCCAUAAACAAAAGAGCAAACCAGCAAAAAGGCAGCUCGACGCUUCGCUCCGCCUCACAGCGUG